AUGGAAGUUAAUCGAAGUCGUCUGCUGACCUCGGCUCGUCCAUACCUUCAAGUUCUUUCCGUGUUUGGGUUGACACCACCUCCCUUAAUUUUCGACCGGACCUUAAGUUCUAAACUAAAGUGUUACCUAAUAACUGGAUAUGCCUGUUUUUCAUUCGUCAUUAUUCUGAUAGUCAUUUAUGAGUGCUAUGCCAACAUUGGCGCCCUUCAGUUGCACAUUAAACAGUUUCACGCGGAGGAUUUUAGCAAAGUAAUGGGCAAAAUCCAGAAGAUUCUCGUUGUAGUCAUGGCUAUGGGAAACCAACUGAAUAUGCUCCUCAACUUUCGCCGACUUAAAAUCAUAUACGAGGACAUUGCGGAUCUGGAACUGGAUAUAGAAGAAGUUUCGGCAGGUUUUACUGAAAAGCGAAAGUGGUUGAGCUUCCGUUAUCGUUUGGCCAUCUGCAUAGGAUUAUGGAUGGUGCUCCUGGUCGACCUUGCACCACGUUUAAUAGUGGUGGGAUUGGCACCCUUUCUUACCAGUACAAAUAGGUUCUUAACCGAGAUCAUCCUGUUGAUGCUUCAACUCAAGUCCCUGGAAUAUUGCAUAUUUGUUUUUUUGAUCUACGAAAUGAUUCUUCGAGUUCGUCAUAUCCUUUUGCAGAUUCUUUCUGAAGUUAAGGCUUGCAACUGCAAUACUAGGAUUCAAGAGUUGUGUGUCACUUUGAAGCAGAAUCAGCUGCUUGUAGGUCGGAUAUGGAAAUUAGUAGGUGAGAUUGGCAUAUAUUUCACCCUGUCCAUGACGCUUCUGUUUCUCUACAACGGACUGACCAUCUUGCACUUCGUCAACUGGUCCAUCAUAAAAUCUAUCAAUCCCAAAGAUUGCUGUCAAUACGGGCGAAUUGGAGCCAGUCUUUUACUUUCGACAAAUAUUUUUCUCGCCUGCUUUUAUAGUGAACGCUGCGUUAGAGCGUACAACAGCAUCAAUCACAUUCUUCAGGAAAUUGGAUGCUUGUCUGCAUCUCAAGAAUUUUCAAUCCUUAAAAUGGGUCUGAGGGAAUACUGCUUGCAAAUGGAACACUUAAAACUUAUUUUCACAUGCGAACUAUUCGACAUCAAUCUCAAAUGUUUUGGAGGAAUGGUGGUCACCAUAUUCGGAUACAUGAUUAUCUUGGUGCAAUUCAAGAUUCAGGUCUUUGCUGACUUAAAAUAUAGCCAAAAUCUUAGCGAAAUUAUAGAAUAA